CCGGAGGCCCGGGGCUGCCUCUUCGGGCCGCGCUGGGGCCGCCCCGCACUGCGCAUGAGCGGGAGCCCGGCGAGCCCGUGAGAGGAGCCGCCGCCGCCGCCGCCGUCCAUUCGCUGCGGAGCCGGAGGAGGAGGGGAGAGGCCUGGAGGACACCAACAUGAACAAGUUGAAAUCAUCGCAGAAGGAUAAAGUUCGUCAGUUUAUGAUCUUCACACAAUCUAGUGAAAAAACAGCAGUAAGUUGUCUGUCUCAAAAUGACUGGAAGUUAGAUGUUGCAACAGACAAUUUUUUCCAAAAUCCUGAACUUUAUAUACGAGAGAGUGUAAAAGGAUCAUUGGACAGGAAGAAGUUAGAACAACUAUACAAUAGAUACAAAGAUCCUCAAGAUGAAAAUAAAAUUGGAAUAGAUGGUAUACAGCAGUUCUGUGAUGACCUGGCACUGGAUCCGGCCAGCAUUAGUGUGUUGAUCAUCGCGUGGAAGUUCAGAGCAGCAACACAGUGCGAGUUCUCCAAACAGGAGUUCAUGGACGGCAUGACAGAAUUAGGAUGUGACAGCAUAGAAAAACUAAAGGCCCAGAUACCCAAGAUGGAACAAGAAUUGAAAGAACCAGGACGAUUUAAGGAUUUUUACCAGUUUACUUUUAAUUUUGCAAAGAAUCCAGGACAAAAAGGAUUAGAUCUAGAAAUGGCCAUUGCCUACUGGAAUUUAGUGCUUAAUGGAAGAUUUAAAUUCUUAGACUUAUGGAAUAAAUUUUUGUUGGAACAUCAUAAACGAUCAAUACCAAAAGAUACUUGGAAUCUUCUUUUAGACUUCAGUACAAUGAUUGCAGAUGACAUGUCUAAUUAUGAUGAAGAAGGAGCAUGGCCUGUUCUUAUUGAUGACUUUGUGGAAUUUGCACGCCCUCAAAUUGCUGGGACAAAAAGUACAACAGUGUAGCACUAAAGGAACCUUCUAGAAUGUACAUAGUCUGUACAAUAAAUACAAUGGAAAAUUGCACAGUCAAUUUCUGCUGGCUGGACUGAACUGAAGAUCAAUCCUCACAAUUCAGACUGAGGGUUGAGACAAAACUUUAAGGAUACAUCUUGGACCAUAUCGUAUUUCAUUCUUCUAAUGGUGGUUUGGGCUUGUCUUCUAGUCUGGGCCGCUCUAAACAUUUAUUAUUCCAACAUUGUGGAUUUCAUCUUAUAUCUGUGGACCAUCCUAGUUUAUUCUCCCAUAAGUCUUAGAAGCUUUAUGGUGAUUAUUUUGAAGUUUCCAUUCUUGCAUAAAGCACAAUGCUGUCUUCAUCAGAAAACAGUUUGGCAUAAGAAUUAAACAUGUGAACAUCACAAUUUAUAAAAACUCCUUAAAUAUAUGCUUUGGGCUAGUUGCAAAGACUAUGCUGAUAGCACUUCCAGUGAGAGUGAUAUAUUUAAGUGUACCAGAUCUGGAAUGGUGUUUUGGUAUGGGGGGAUUUUUUUUUUCCUGGCGAAUCACAUGUAUUGUUAACGUGAGUAGAGAAUCUGUUGAAAAAAAAGUCAAAAUAACCAACGUGAAAAAUUUUUAGGAUAACUUGGUGUGCCUACCCAAAAUUUUACUGUGUUUUAGACCCUCGAUUUCAGAAGGUUCCACAGAACUAGUCUGCACUUAUCUUACCCAUGUUUAUAUAUAGUUGUCUUACAGGGGGUUUUAUUUAGAAAAACAUCUGCAUAAUGUUAGAUUCUACUCCUGUCUACAUUAUGCACUCCAUAAUUGGAUUUCAUUAUGAUUUUGAAACGCUUAUAUGCCUGUCGAGUAAGUUAAAGUAUUUAAUUUGUUUUGAAUGUUUUAGAUUGCUACAUAAUACAAUAUUCUAAAUUUAGGCAUGAGGGUUUAUUUUUGUUUUUUGGGGUUUUUUUGGUCAGCGCACUAUGGAACACAAAUGAAAUUCUCUUAAUUUAUAAGAAGAUAGUAGGAAUUAAAUUUUGAAAAUGGUUGUAAUGAGCCAUAAAGUUCAAUUCUUAUAAUAUAGGUACUGCUCUUUCAGACAAAUAGUCCAUUUUUGAUGACUUCUUAUUUUGUUGAAGUUGCUUUAACUGCUAAUCACUGUGGUUGCCAAAUAUUUCAGGAGCAAAGAUUUUCAAGCAGGCAUGCACUUGAUGCAAAGUACCAAUCUGGCUUCUAUUUUCGUAAAUUAUUUAAUUUUUACUGUUCUUUGUUUCACUCAGAUUAGCUCAGUUUUCACAUCAAAGCAGAACUCUGUCUUGUAUGGUUUUUUUUUUUUCCUUCAUUACAAGACCCAUGAACUGCUUUCAUGCUGAAAAUGCUCAUUUCUUUGUUCACUUCUUGACCUGUGAAGAAGGGUUUAUUGCUUUCUUAAACAUUUCUAUAAGGCAGGUUAAAAAAUGUAAAAUUUCUGAUAUUGGAUGACUGGUUUUUAGCAGGAGUAGAUUUUGCUUGGUGUAUCCAGGCACUCUAAGUUCUAAUGUUGAAAUUAUCAAAGGUAUGUACUUCAGAAUAGCAGUACAUUAUAAGGUAUAUGCGGAAAUGAUUUUAAGAAACAAUGAUAUAUUAAAACUACUUUUUAUUUACGAUUUUGAAAUUGACUAGAAAGCUUUCCCCAUAGAUAUUAAUAUUCUAAUCAUAACUUUAAUUCAAGAAUAUGAUUCUAUCAAAAGAAAAUUUUGAAAAUUUCUAUUCAGGUUACUGGAAUUGGUUAUUAAAAAAAGAAAAGAAAAAAGAAGAAUCCUGCUGCUUUCAGUAUUUCCUGAUUUCAUAUUUGUAAAUAUUAAGAGGAACUUCAAUUAUGAAAAAUUUUUAAAAGAUAUAUAUAUAUAAAUGUACUAUUUUGUUUCCUGUCUUGAAGAUUUUGAGUUAUGGUAUUGUUUUUGAAUUGAUUAAUUAAUUCCGGUAUGCUGUGUUUUGAAAUGAGAUCCGAUUAGCUUUUUUUCCCCAAUAUAAAUUGUUUUUCAUAAAAGUCUGAUAUUGAUUCGUGGCCUAGUGCCUUGGGUUUUACAGACUUUUCCUUUUAAAUGCAAGACCUUUUCAACAAAAUAGUGUUUGUCAUCAGUUUGGUACUAAACAUUUAUAAUUACUAUGUAAUUAUAAACAGAAAAAUACAUAAAGCUUUGAAUAUAAUCAUGUAGCAUAAAAGUUAAGGUUGUUAACUCUAUGAUGGCAUCUUAGAAUUAAACAAUACUAUUACUAGGGCUGAAAAGAGAAGACUGAUUUAAUGUGGUGUGGUUAUUCUGAGGAUACAUGUCUGGUUACAGGGAAUAUUUUGUACUAAAAAAUGCUUACACAUAAUGGCCGUGUGUGUGCGUGUGUGUGAAAGAGAGAGAUUGACAGGUUGAAAGAGACACACAUGCUCACACACACACACGCACACACACACACACACACAACUUGAAUUGCUUUAAUUCAUUAGUGUUUCAGUCUUCAUUCUGGUAAACUCCCCAUGCUGAUUCUUUGUUUUAAACUGAACCACAGGUACAGUUUCCUUUUUGCCAAAUGUCAAAACAGGUACACAUUUUACAAUGUAAUGCUUUUUAAAUAGUAAAGUGUAUAAAAUUAGAAGUGCCCACAUAUAAAAAUACUUGAGAUCAAGAUUAUCUUUAGUGACUAUCAUCUGCAUAUCUCUGUAAGUUCAAUUGUGUUUCUUACAUCCCUGUCAUAUUACCAACAGAGGCAAUAAAAGCUUCAGUGAAAUUGC